AUGAGUGAAACACUGUUGGCGAUAGUGUUCGUCACAUCCUCAGCCAAGGGCUCCAGUCUCGUGUACCGCUGGCCCCCAUCUCCCGAAUCGCCACCUAGGCUUGCACGUCCUCGGCCCGUUCACGACGUGACGUGCGCUCAAGGGGAUAAUCCUUGGCGAGCCAGCAACGCCUCUGACGCUCCAUCUGACGAUGUUCCCGUUUGUGUUUGUCCAGACACCAUAUAUUGCGGAGAGGACGAAGAGUACAUCUGGAAGCGACCCAAUAUCAACCGAGACCGGUCGUUAUCUUUCUCGCAUUCCCGCUCUGACCCUUCCUCCAGGAAGGCGUCGCCAUCAAAGGAGGCGAACGACGGAUAUUCACUGGAUGUCUCUAAAGGUACCUCGCCCGAUGAUGGGUACGACAAGUUGCUUGGAUACAAUGCUGAGUUCCUUGCUGGGCUGCUAUGCCCGCAGAGCUCUAUGUGCCAUCAAAAAUUCGAGUUGCUUGUAGAUGAUCUUGCGUUUAUCGGCCAUCCUGUCUGUGCCGAGCCUGAUGGUGCAUGGCGGUUCAAAGCCGACAAGGUGAAGAUGGCCCCGCGAGGGAGAGUGUCGAAGAAGGGAGAAUCACAGACGUCUUUGGAGAAGUCGCUUACGCCUGAAACGAACGAAGGGAGACGCCCCGUACCGGACACCGCUUGGCUUCAGACUUUCCACUUCGUUCUCAUCCUAGAUAGACCCGAUCCUUCCUCCGCUGCAUCUGGAAGUCUGUGGAAGUACUAUGACACCGUCUAUGAACAAAUUGCAUUCACCAUAACUGCCAUUCUCUAUCAAGAGCAGAUCCUGCAUAACUUUGUCGAGACGGAAUGCGACACGCUUGGUGCUCUGAAGGAUGAUUUCAUCACGAGAGGAGAGACAUUUUCAAAUUACAUGGCCGAGGCUCUCCAAUGCUCAUCUCUUGCGCCAGCAAUGAAGACGCUAUACGAAGCCAUCAAGGAAGGCUCGAUAGCUCGUGUGACGAUCCACGACAUUCCGCUUGAGCUGCAGCUGCCUCCUUAUCUCGACUCUCUUCUCCAUGCUGACGACGACACCAGCCUGGAUGAUGUGGAACAGGAGGACGAGUAUAGCAUACCGAACGCGUGGAGCCCCGACAUGAGCUUUGCGCAGAGGUUGCCUGCCCUUACGCCAUGGAAGAGUCUGCUCCUUGUCGAUGACGACGACGAACAGGCCUACGAGCUAUACAUGAGGCUGAGAGCACCGCAGCUCACGAUGGAGGACAGAGAGGUUGCGGAACAGCUGAUCAGAUUUCUGGACUUAGCCUCAAUCACUCUUUCGCUGGCUGACAUGGCAAGUUUACUGGACUGGGACCUUGAAUCACAGGUAUAUCCCAUUGUGCGUUGGCUCGUACACCACCGGAGGGCCAAGUUGGUGGACAUCGUGCAUCCGGGACUGAAGACGAUCUUUGCGGUCCCGCAAAAUUUCAGUGCUCCGUUGUCAAAACUCACAUCUGACUUCAGCAAUACUUUCUCUCAAGCCAGUGUGCCCCCUCUCCCAAAACUGCUCUCGAUGGUCUCAAUGGCAGAACACCGUCAAGGCGCGAACCACUUCUUCGCAACAAUCGUGCGGUCGAAGAGUUUAAUACCGCUGUACCAUGACGUUGUGGUCUGGCUGCUCAAGCGGGACUUGCUAUUGACGCUGCACCUACGCAUCCGCAUCGUUGCGACGGAGGCGCUGAAGGAGCGCGUGCGGAUGGAGUGGGAGCUCGCACGUGCACGGCGCGAGCGCGAGAAACUCGCGAAGGAACGCGAGCCGCACGUCGAACAGGGCGAGCUCGCGAAGGUACCCGAGUCUAGCCCCGUCGCGAACUGGUUCUCCCUCUCACCAAGGAGUGCGCGCAGAGUGUCUCGGAGGCUGUCUGGGACGGCGUCUGCGAGCGCGAAGGAAGAGCAGAGCCGGUCCCUACGGCGCGAAGCUGCGCGUGAGGAGAAGAGAACCCGCGAGGAGGAUGAGGACGAGUUUGUGUCGUCCGGGACAGAGGAUCUUAAGUGGGAGGACUGGUUUCACGGAGAGGGGCGGAACCCGCAUGCGUCGAUGAUUUAUGAUCCUGCACGGGCGACGCCGUUGGAGCGGCGGUGGCUGGCAGCCAUGUCAGAUGGGAAGGAUACGGAUAUCGCGCGGCGGUUCGAACAGAUCAACCAAUAUUUCGACGGGAAAUGCACGGAUGACGAAAUUCUGUUCAGAGCAGAGAUCUCGAGGAAGCAGUUGCGGGAGGUACUGCAUCAUUAUGAAGAAUACUUACAAACAUUCCUACAUCCUUCGUGA